GUGAAAAACUGCUGCCUGUGCGCUGGCACGCUGGAGCUGCCGAGUGUUUGUGCCCGGGUGGGAUAUUUAAACUGUUAAUCUGUGGUCAACUGUUUAGAGGAUAGUUGCGAUGAUCUUUACUCUUGCUAGUAAGACUUACCUAACUUCAUCUGUUCUAACGGCCUGCAAUAGUUCUUAAACUGGCUCCAUGAAGUAGUCAGUCUUGGGAGCUAAGCGUAUGAUAGAUACUCCAGAGAGGAAACAGUUGUGAUUGUCCUGAGUUAAGUGUUUGUUCUAGGCACUGGUUGUGUCUCCCAAGGCUUAUUAUUAAGCAUAUGAAUCUAUAGACGCGACAAGAGAAUGGCUGGUAACACAUCGUAUUCUGCCUGUGUCCCUUGGGUCUGAGGAUGUACCUGUUCUGUGAUGCCUCCUCUGCAUAGGUAAAACUGCAAAAUUAACUGUGACAAAGUGCCUUCCAUGUUAGAUCAGCUAGUGGACCUAAUCAGGCAUGCGAGAAGAGGUUCUCUUGUGAUUUACCAGUACUGGAUUUCUGACUUGUCCGCAUCUGUGUUGCAUAGUGGUUGAUUUUGUUUACUCGUGGCCAUUAAUAUGGGGAGACCUGUAGCCAGAGAUAACUUUUACACUUUGAGCUUGUUUAUGGGCUGGAUGGUAGGUUAUAGCAGCAGCUGUAAUGAAUGCGGCUAGGUGGAGUUCAGCUGCUCUGCUUUGGGUUCUGCACAGAACUGGCUGAGGAACACUUACCCUGCUCUGUUGAAUCUGCUGUUUUCUUAGAGAAUGGAAUUGGUUAAAAUUCACAAAAAUACUAAAUUGUAAUGCAUUACCUAAUUAACCUCUUUUCAACAAGGUUCUUCUUUCUAAAGAAAGGUUUUUAAAAGUUGGUAACCAAUUAAUUUCCUCAGUGAUGCUUGUAGAAGUGUCAUACAUUUGUUUUAUAAGAACAGCUUAAUGAAGAAAGUUCCUUAUGGUUUGUUUUCUCAAUCUCUUGAAGGGAUAUAAGCUACUAACUCUGGAAAACAGUGUUUUCUGUUUCCUUGUUGGUUUUUUUUAACUGAAAAGUCACUAUUUUUAUGCUUCUACUACCUUAAGCUGCUUAAUGGCAUUCAUAUACUAAACAACACUGAGCUCUCCUGGUCAGUCUUAACUGUGAUUUUUUUUUUUUUAAGUGCAUUUUCUUCAGUAUUAAUUAAACAGACUUAUUCUAAAGGCAUGCAAACAAGUCACCUUACAGUAAAAGGGAAAAGAGAUUUGUGAAUGGAGGUGCGACAGUCAUUGGCUAUUUUAAAGAUGUCUAUUUAAAAAAAAAAAAAAAAGCCCAAUUUUAAAAAAGGAGGGGGGGGAAAAGCUUUGAAAUGCUGCUUCUGGUAGAAAUGACAUUUUUUGUGAACUUACUGUGAGUCGCAUUGCCCUGAUUUUUAUGCGGUGCUAGGCGAGUUGUGCUGCAGUAGCGUUACACAAGCUGCUGACGCUGCAACAAACCAUCCUGUCUUGAAGGCAUUCGUAGGACAGACUUACCUCUCCUGGUGACAGAACUAGUUUUAAACAGCAGAACUGUCUCAGGCUAAGCACAGCCCUCGCUAAGGUGAAGUAUAUUGUAGGCGUUGCCUUUCUAGGCAGUGCUCCUUCGUUAGGAAUGUGAUUUCAUGCUACAUAAGGCUAAUAUUGACGGUCGUGUUUGGUUGUAUGUAGUUUAAAGGGUGAUGGAUAAGUGUGCUGUGUACUAAAAUGGUCUUGUAAAAGCUUAAAAUUUCAGCUCAGUUCAGUAGGCUAACUACGAAUUUUCCCCUUUACCUUCAUUUUUGGUCUGUAAUUCCCCUGUUCCUUUAUCUCCAGUGCCCAGAGUAGAGGGCUGAUGUGUUGUUGACUGGCUCAGUUGUACAGCUGCUGACUAACUUGGGCGUUUAAUUUGAAGGAUUUUGCUGUUCUUUUUAAAACAGCUGCCUACAAGUGACACUUCAGAUUGUUUGUUUCUGUUAACUCUGAAACAGCUUAACAGCAACAUCGUACCGCAUUCUUAUCAAUUAGACUGCUGUUAGUUAAGGUACAUCUUGUGUCUGUUUAUAAGCAUAAGCAUGCUUACUUAAAAAUCUGUUUGGUCAGAGAGGAUAAUUAUUCCUAAGCAUAAGGAAUGAAGAAGUCUUGUUCUCUUGGUUUGGACACACUGUGUAUUGUCAACCAGCAGGCUUCUGUGCCUGUUCUGUGUGUUUAAUAAAACCCAAAACAAAAUCCUGUGUUCAUGAGCGUCCGGAAACAGGAUGUCCCUCUUCAAACGGUCUCGCAAACGGAAGUUGCAAAACUUACUCUUCACUGUUCAUCUCUCCUUGACUCGGAGAAAGCAGCACACAUCUCCAUCGGCUUCCCGCUUACUGAAAAAUGUCAGCAAUUGGAGUAGUGUCCUCCUGUUCCUGUCUCCGUCCUGGUGUAUGGCUGCUGAAACCAGGAAUGCAGAAGAUGAGCUCCUUUGGCUUACAUACGGCAGCCAGGUGUGCUGCCAAGGAUUAUUAUGAAGUACUUGUGUUGGGUGGAGGCACUGGUGGAAUCACCAUGAGCGCUCGGAUGAAGAGGAAAGUGGGGGCAGGAAAUGUGGCUGUUGUUGAGCCAAGCGAGACUCAUUACUAUCAGCCACUGUGGACCCUGGUUGGUGGUGGUGCAAAGCAGUUGGCAACUUCUGCACGUCCAACAGGAAGCGUAAUGCCUAAAGGUGUUGAGUGGAUCAAAUCUCGAGUUACAGCAUUGGAUCCAGAUAAGAACUGCGUCUGGCUGGAGAAUGAUAUCAAGAUCUCUUACAAGUAUCUGAUAAUUUCCCUUGGGAUUAGUCUGCAUUACGAAAAGAUCAAAGGCUUGCCUGAGGGUUUUGAACACCCUAAAAUAGGUUCCAAUUAUUCAGUUCAUACGGUAGAGAAAACAUGGAAAGCUUUACAAGAUUUCAAGGAAGGAAAUGCUAUCUUCACUUUUCCAAAUACUCCAGUGAAGUGUGCAGGGGCUCCUCAGAAGAUCAUGUAUUUAUCAGAGGCCUACUGGAGGAAAACAGGAAAACGUUCCAGAGCAAACAUAAUGUUCAACACUUCACUUGGUGUAAUUUUUGGUGUUAAGAAGUAUGCUGAUGCAUUGGUUGAAAUAAUAAAGGAGAGGAAUAUUGCUGUGAACUAUAAGCGCAACCUUGUAGAAGUUCGAGCAGACAAGCAGGAAGCUGUGUUUGAGAACUUGGAGAAGCCCGGAGUGACUGAAGUUCAUCAGUAUGAAAUGCUUCACGUUACACCCCCAAUGGGGCCACCUGAUGUACUCAUCAACAGUCCUGUCUCGGAUGAAAUUGGCUGGGUGGAUGUAGAUAAGGAAACUCUACAACAUAAAAAGUAUCCUAAUGUAUUUGGCAUUGGAGACUGCACCAACCUUCCAACAUCAAAAACUGCUGCAGCUGUAGCUGCCCAGUCUGGAGUGCUUGAUCAAACUAUUUCCCUGGUAAUGAAGAACCAGUUGCCAACUAAAAAGUACGAUGGAUAUACUUCCUGCCCACUAGUAACGGGCUACAACAAGGUGAUUCUAGCAGAAUUUGACUACAAUGCUCAGCCUUUGGAGACCUUUCCCAUUGACCAGAGUAAGGAGAGAGUAACCAUGUACCAUAUGAAAGCUGAUAUGAUGCCUUUGCUGUACUGGAAUGCACUACUGAAGGGAUACUGGGGAGGACCAGCUCCUGUCAGGAAGCUAAUGCAUCUGGGCUUGAAGUAACUGCUUUGCUGUGUUGAUCAAACCCUGGUCUCACAAUGGAUCAAUACCACUCUUCCCUCUUGGACAGCCACCUACUAAACUGAUUUUUUUUUUU